AGACUUUGCGCAGCCGGAAGCUAAGCGGCCUUUACCAAAGAAGAAGAAGAGCAGAAGAAGGUAAAAACAGCUGAUCAAUUCAGGUUGAAUAUGUGUUUGAUUUAAAAUAAAAUCAGUUCGAUCGAUUAACUGAUAUUGAUACGUUUAAUGACGUUAUCGCACGUGGCAUUUGCCAGAGUGUAACACGCUGAUUUUUCCUGUUUUAUUGCAGACGUUUCCCAUAGCUUGCUAAUGAGCUCCCAUCUGUCAGACACAAAAACAAACAAACUGACUGUAUUUUACAUUUCUGUUCAUGGCGUUAAAGUUGACGUCAUAUUGGCCUUUUAUUCAGCUUUUAGUGGGGAAGUUACAGAAACUAAAGACCAUUACAGUCAGACCUGUUAGAUCUGGACACAGAUUCACUCUCAGUUAUGGUUGUGACACACAUUUCUGACUGUAAUUUAAUCAUGUGAGUCCUGGAGGAUAAAACAUGUUGCAUUUUAAAUCAAAUAAUAUAAUAAAAUAUCCUUUUGUGUGUGUUUAUGUGUAGAUGAUGAAGAAUCGAGCUGAUGAGGAUGACUACUGGAACAGCUCCAAGUUUAAAGCUUUCACCUUCGACGAUGAGGACGAUGAAUUCAGCAGGGUAAGACCCUCAGAGACCAUCAGAGUCUGUCAUAAAUGCUCAGAGAUCUAAUCCCACUGGAUCUUGUCUCUUUGGGUCAAGAUGUCAGUCUGUGGUUUGUGGAUAAACAGAAUAUUUUGGUAUGAGAUCAGGUAGUGAUAGUUAUUUCCAGGAUGUUAUUGAACAGAGAUGUCAUUUUAUUCAUCACGUGUUUAUAUCCUGUUUUUAUUGGUUAAAUACACAGACAGGUGUGUGUUUCAUCUAUGUGAUGUCAUCUGAUGUGAAUUUACAGCUCAAAGAGUCAAAGCGGGCCGUGAACAACAUUCGCCGUCUGGUGGAGGAGGAUGAUGAUGAAGAUGACGUGGAGAAGGUCAGCUGGAGCGGGGAACCAGUCGGGAGUAAGACCUCACUGUGUCCAUAAAACACCUGCAGAAUCCUCAAUUUUGAUGGCUGCAGGGUCCACUUAACACCCGUGUCUCCUCAGGUAUUUCCUGGUCCGUCAGAGAGACAGCAGCGUCCAAUCAAAAGACAGACAGAGAGCCUGCCUUCCCCAAAAUCAACACAGACACGCCCACGAUCAGCAAGAGCAACUCGGGAUACUCUCUGAGCUCGCUGUUCAAAGGUGAGACAAGAGGAGUAGAGACACAGGUGGACUGGUGAAUGGGUAGGCAGGUGAGGUAAGACAGGUGUUCUUUGAUGGUCAUAAACUGAAGCCUGAAUCUGUUUCUCUGCAGGAAAGACAAAAGGAGGAAACUUCCAAAACCUCACAGACUGUGAGUUUGGCUGUAUUAAGUUUAAGACUGUGAUGCUUAACAUUUUGUUUAUCUGUAUAUUCAAAUAAAGUUACAAAUAAUGAAUGACUCUAUAAAUGCUCUGCUGUCAUAGCUCUAAACAUAACUUAAACACACACUGUGUAAUCUGUUCAUAUCUAAUCUGGCAUUUCUGUGUCUGACUACUUUUAAUGAUUUUUCUUUUUGUUUUGUUUCAGCAUUUAACGACUCAUCCCUCAGACUCUACGCUCCAGAACUACGAAAACCCAAAUCUGAGUACAAGGUAAAGUCAUCACUGAUAAUCUGAUAACAUGCUGAUAAUCUGAUUACAUGAUAAUAAUCUUGUUACACUCUGAAAUGUGAUUACAGUGUGAAUCUCUGAUUGCACAUUAUUAAUCGAAAUACACACUGAUGACCUGAUAACACACAUGAUUAAUCUGAUUACAUGCUGAUAAUCUGAUUAUGCUCUGAUAAUCCGAUUACAGUUUCCUAAUCUGAUUAUAUAUUUAUAAUAUGUAGUUGAAUAUGAGCUCAUAGUCCAGUUACAUUUAAAUAAUCCGAUAUUACAGCAAUAAUCUUAUUUUACAUUUUUAAUCUGAUUACACAGUAAUAAUCAGAUUACUUUAUGAUAAUCUGAUUGAAAAUCUGGUGACACAAUGGUAAUCAGAUCAAUCUACUUAUUAAAUAAAAUAAGAUGUUUCAUGUUUUUCAGGAUUAUGUCAGUGAUUGGUCACCUGAGGAAACAGUCCAGAGAAUGCAACAGGGGAAGGUAACACACCUGUGUGUCUGUUCAUGCAUCUGUUUGUCUGUCUGCAAAAACUAUUCAGUAUUGCAGUACAGUAUCAGUGUGUAUAUGCACUGUGUGUGUGUUUCAGGUUGUGUCUCUGGAGAAGUUCCGGUCUCUUCAGGAUAAACUUCUCCUUCUGGAUUAUGCCGUCAGCGCCCACGACGGAAAUGUCAUCACAGCUGUAACUAUUGAAGCUUUUCUUUAACAGUAACUGAAACCAUGAAAUGUUAUUACCAGCAAGAUAACAGACAGGUAAACACAGGUGCUUUCUCUUUCAGGUGUUAAUCUUUCUAAAGAGGACUCUCAGUAAAGGUGAGCCACUGGUCCUAGCUGGUACUGAAUCCGAUCAGGGUGCAGGUCUUUGCGAUGACCUGCUGUUUUUCUCUCUCAGGGAUUUUGUUUCAGGAGCUGGAGUCCAGACAGACGGCCCUCAGGCACUUUAUUCAGUACCUGACUGAGACUAAAGACCAGAGGCUGCUGCUUGAGCUGUACAGGUCUGUGUUUACAUCCAGUCACAUAGAGACUCACCUGGUCUCACCUGGACUACAUAUUCACAGAUUUUUCUCUUUCUGCUCCUCCUUAGAGCUCUUGGGAGAACAGAAGACAUGGCUGUACGUAACACACACUAUGGACUCAGUACUACAAAUUACUACAAACUACCACACACCACUUAAUACUAUACACAGUACUACACAGUAACAAAAUUGACUUCUACUGAUUGGAAGCUUACUGUAUGUCAUUCUCCUCUGUUUUGACGGUUACAGUUGCUGCAGUACAAGGAACACCUAAGCAUCUCAGAUGAAAACAAGAAGCGGGACUUCCUGAAGAGCUGUCUCAGGUGAGUGAGUCCAGCAGGCCAUGUACCAGCGGUACUUAAAUCUGACUACACUCAUAAUAUGAUUACAGAUCACCUGAUGAUAUCAGCAGUUACAUGUAUGUUUUUGUGUCCAGUCUGCCGUUCUCAACAGAGGACUCAGCUCAUGUUCAGGAUCACUACACGCUGCUGGAGAGACAGAUCAUCAUCGAGGUCUGUCAGGUCACAGCAUUUUUCACCUUAAUCUGGUUGAAUACUUAAGAAACCCUGUUAAGACCACUUAUCUUAUCUUGUGUAAUUCAGUUUAAACCCAGUUUAAUCUGGUUUAUACGAAGUUUUCUUCUGCUCUGUUGUCAGGCAACUGACCGGCAGGCUGAGCAAGGAGGUAAGGUGGAAAUCUUCCAGAAAUUUCCAAGAAAAGCUUCAAUCCUCAAUAUGCCCAUGGUCACAACACUCUACUACUGCUGUUUCUACCACUACAAUGAGCCUGAGGUUAGUCCAUGGUUGACUGAACCAAAGCAGUCUCGAGUAAACUUUACCAGUCUGGAGUUAGUCCAAAGUUUUCCAGUUUAGUUUGGAGUCUGUUUUAGGUUAACCAAAGAAGUCAAUAUCACUUAACCAGUCUGACCAGAUAUGUUAAUCAAUCAGUUUAGAUGAGUUGCACCCAUAAAGUUAAACCAGAUUAAAUUUUCACUUGAAGUUAACCAGAUAAGUUAAUCAGGUUAAUUAAAUCCCUUUCUCUUUUGUUUCCAGGGAACUUACAGCAGUCCGUUAAACAUACGCCAGACCUUCAAGGUAAACCUUAUUUCACUGUCAGAGUCACAUACAAACUUUAAACCUGAUGUUACUUACAAAUGACCUUCGACCUUAGGUGUCAGAGAAGCAGUACUUUGUGACGGCAUUGUCGGCGCGGGCGAAAUUAAAGGCGUGGUCAGACGUGGACGCACUGUUCACCAGCAGGAACUGGCUCGGCUUCACAAGGAAGAAAUCCCCUCUUAGUUUUCAUCGAGUGGUCGACAUUCUGCAGAAAAACUCCGCCCCCACGCUGGUGAGGAGGUGUAGCUACAUUGCAUAUCAGAGGGUGUUGGCUGGAAAGAGGCAGAGAGGAGAAAUACCCAACUGACUUGUUUUGAUUGGCAGCUGUAGUUUUAAUUUACAGGUGUGCUUUUAACUGACAGGUGUAAACAUGUGAUUGACAGGUGUAUAUUUUUGAUAAAGUGUUUAUUUAAGUGAUGGGUGAUGAUUAAGAAACUGGAGUGCUUCAGGUGAUUAUGUUAUAAUCAUUACAUUCUAAUUGUUCAAGGGUUUUUUUUUUUUAAUCUGAUAUCCAGGUGCUGCAGGACUACGUGGCGCUGGUUGAUGAUGCAGACCUGAAGAUCAGUUUGGCUCAAAAACAUAAAUGUCAUGACAUCGUCAUCAAUGUGAGGAAUAAAACAUGAGUACCAUAAUAUUAUAAUAUAAUUCUACAUUAUACAUAUUACAAUAUAUAAUACAUUAUCUCUGACUGGAUGAUAACUUAUUGUUUACUUGAAUGAAGCUCUCUGAUUGGAUGAUCAGUAACUGAUUACUGAAAUAAGCCCUUUUGUUGAUGUUGCAUUUCUGUGAUGUCACAUGUCUCUGGUCCAAUCAGACGUACCGGGACUUGAAGGACCGUCAACAGUUGCUAGCAUACCGAGGGAAGGUGGAGAGAGGAUCAGCCGAGGAGAGGAAGAUCGAUGAACUGCUGAACAACCAAGUAAGGAUGGGACGGGGGCUUCAUUAUCAUCAUCGCCACCAUCAUCAUCAUCUAGUGUUGUGUCGUUCGCGAACGAUUCAUUCAAAAAAACCAAAUCUUUUGAGUGAACGUACUGAACUAAAUCACUUCCUCGAGUGAUUCGUUCGUUUCUCACUUAAGCUGAGCAGAAUUCAGAAACAUCAUUGCCAGGCCAGCAGCCGGUGAACAAGGGACCACAUGCAACGACGCCUGAAUUACUUAGUGAACGACUCACGUAUUGAACUACACUCUCUGGAAUAAUUUUUGUCAGACAAAACUACCUUUUUUUCACUGCUAAAUUGCCUCCACAACAACCUGCAUACAAUAGGACACAGCAUGUAACAAGUAGUAGAUAACACCCACAGCAUCCUGUCAUUGCAGCGGUUUGCGAGGGAACGGUGAAUGUUCAGUGUGAACUCUUCUAAACAUUCAGUGAACAAAUCACUCACUGACCCCAGUUUACCAAGCAGACCUGAUAUAUAGCAUACCAGAGGACAGUACACUUAAAACAUCAUGACUUAAAAACAAGUUCAUUUUUACAAACGUGUUUGCCAAAGCAACACAGCCAAACACUCUCGUCUCCCGGUCCCAGAAGCUAUGAAUUGAACUGAAUCCUGAAACGUUCAGCUGUGUAUCAGUUCAGGAGGUCGGAGUCGCAGGCUUUUUCCCGCUAAAUAAUUCGGUGAUUUGGUGAACGAAUCUUUUGAACCAAUCUUUUUAGUGAAGUGAUUCUAGUGAUUCAGUUCAUCUAAAAGAACUGCCGUGCCCAUCAUUAUCAUCAUUAUCAUAGUCACCACAUCAUGUGACCUUACUGAACCUGUCUUCUUCUCUUUCAGCAAAUCAGGUGGAAGAACUGAACCCAGGGUCAAAGACUUUUCCUUUGAAGGUAGGCAGGACGUUUCCUGUCCAUCAUGGCAGCAGGAAUGUCCAACCAGCUGACAGCUCAGAGGAGCUCUGAAGCUGCUGCCCUCAAGGCACAGAGUGGGCGGAGCUUGUAUUUUUCUGCUGAGCCAUUGAUGAGUCACCAGUUGAACAUUCCUCCAAACUGUUUAUGUAAAUAUGAAUGUAAACAAAUAAACAAAAAUAAUAUUUACAAAAAGAAGUAGAGCUUUUAUUUGAGAAGAGGAGACGAGGACGAAGUAGGAAAGGAAUGACUGAAGUAAAGCCUGUUAUAUCAAUUAGCAUAAUAUAUACUGUAGCAGCCACGCAACCGCCAGAGUUUAGGUGGAGCACUGCAGAGUGACAGGGACCCUCCAAUGCAGACUUC